AUGGGGGUGUGUCAAACAUUAGAUAUCCAGAUCGGCAGCGAGUGCACUGAAACGGAUAAUGGGAAGCUGCGCGGUUACAUCUGCUCCACGGACGAGGUGGAUGACGUCACGGUGGCGCAGGCGUUUGGGAGUCCGCCGGUGGUGAAUGGCGGCGGGACGUCGGUGGGGUUUCUCUACACGGAGAUGUUUGUGCGCCAGCCCGCUGGCUCCACCAUGCGCCUCCCCUCCAUCCGCGUGGAUCCCCUGGCCAUGAAGGGAAUCGGGUACAUCAUGGUGCCUUCCAAGGGACCCACUCCUCUCCCUGGGACUUUUGACUCCAUGCCCUUCAUUGCAGGCAACGGCAGCAAGGCUGUAGGCAUUGGUCUAGUGUUCCCAAUCACCCUGAUCACUCAGGCAUCUCUCGCAACUACCCCGUUUAGCAGCAACACACAGCAAACAGCCACGCCCACAGCUUUCCCUGCGCUCUCCAUGAGUGCUCCUGCCAACCAGUCGCUCACUCUCAAUGCCUCCAUCGUGCCGCCAGCUGCUACCCCUGCUGCUGCCACCCCAUACAACAUCACGUUCUCCAUCAGCAAGAAUGCGAUUUCGAGACCAAAGGCAUCCUGGAUGAUGGUGACGUUUGCACUGCUCGUCCUGCUGCCUGUCCUGUAG